UAGCUCUUAAGAAGACAGGAAGAAGCUUGUGUGAUCAGACUGAAAGAGUGUUAGAAUGACAAGCACUGGACUCCGAGUUCGUUAUGGGCUCACGCUGGUCUCCGGCUUGGUGGAGUGUUUGUGUUUCGCCGGUAUCCUGUUUGGAUGGGCCUCGCUAGUCUUUGUGCUCAAGAGUGAUGGCUACUUCAGCUACCUGUGUGUAAACAGUACAGUCAAUGGGACCAUUACCAAAGAUUGCAGCAAGCAGGAUGAGCAGCUCUCAAUUAUCUUCACUAUUGCCUCCUUCAUGAACAACUUCUUCACCUUACCCAAUGGUUUUGUGUUUGACUAUUUUGGCACCACAGUGACCAGACUCCUAGGAAUAUCUUUCUACACCGUCGGGACUUUACUUGUAGCCUUCUCAAAUGCUGCACUAUCAGUCCUACUUUACCCUGCUCUCUCCCUUAUUGCUGUUGGAGGAAUUAUUUUCUUACUUACUAACAUGCAGGUGGGAAAUCUCUUCGGAGCCCAUCGGUCUACUAUCAUUACUCUGUAUAAUGGAGCCUUUGAUUCAUCCUCCGCUGUCUUCCUUGUUGUCAAGCUGCUGUAUCAAGAUGGAGUGUCCCUCUGUUAUUCGCUCAUCUUCUUGUCCUGUUGUAGUGCUGUUCAUCUAAUUCGCACCUUCCUGCUGAUGCCUCGCAAACACAUCCCAUACCCUCUCCCUGACAACUACACAUAUGGGUUAAGAUGUGGGCCUUCUAGUGAGUCAGAAGAUGUACACAGUAAGAGCAAAAUCCAGGGAUGUGGAGCUGUGGAGACUCCAUCUAAAGAAAACCAAUCUACCAGAACCAGCCAUCCAGACAUGUCGGACCGAAGCUUCAAAAGCUGCCUCGUCUCUUGGUUCUUUAUAUGGCAUCUGCUGUGGUUGUCAAUCAUGCAGCUUAGACACUACCUAUUCAUUGGCACUCUUAACCCCAUGCUUAACCACCUAACAGCUGGUGACCCCAGCCUUGUGAGCAAAUACACUAAUGCAUUUGCCUUCACCCAGCUGUGUGGGAUACUGUGUGCCCCCUGGAAUGGCCUCAUUAUGGACCGGAAUAGAGGGAAACCCAGGGAAAAAGGCCAGAGCGAAAGUGAGGCAGACCUAAAAGCAGCCAUACUGUCUCUGUUUGUGACAGUGGUGCAGUGUGUUCUCUUCUCACUGUGUGCUGCCAUUCCUCUACUACCUCUGCAAUACCUCACCUUCAUACUGCAAGUACUCAAUAGGUCCUUCCUUUAUGGAGGGAAUGCAGCUUUCAUCAGCAUAGCGUUUCCUCCUGCACACUUUGGAAAGCUGUACGGAACAGUCAUGGCUCUCUCAGCAGUGGUGUCCCUCCUACAGUAUCCCUGCUUCUCUCUCAUCAACGGACCUCUCAAUGGAGAUCCAUUUGCUGUAAACGUUGCUCUGACCAUUCUGAGCUGCCUUGCCUUCAUCCAUCCUCUCUAUGUAUACCUGCACUGCCGGUGUCGAGCAGCUCAAUGUGGUGAUAAAACUACUUCCUCUUAAGAAGCACAUCCAGAUAUUUUUCUCAUGUUCACGCCCAAUUAGGUUGUGUUCUCAUGUUUUAUACAAAAUGUGUUUUAUAGAUGAAAUUUUUAUGCUUUCAUAUCUAUAGUGCUAUGCUAUAGACAUUACUGAAACAUUUAACUAUUUGCAGAUUUAUACACAUUUUAAGACAUUUAAUUUUUCUCUGACUUAUAAGGGACAACUUGUACAUGUACAGUGUAGUAAAAGGCAGCUUACAGUAUACGUACACUUUCACUGAAAUUCAUUGUUUAAUGAACUUGUAAACUGAACAUA